CGGGCAUUCAUGGGUCAGUCGGGAGUUCGAAAGGGUGCAUGGGCCAAAGAAGAAGAUCUUCUGCUAAGGAAAUGCAUAGAGAAGUAUGGAGAAGGGAAAUGGUAUCUAGUUCCUCAACGGACAGGCCUCAAUCGGUGUCGUAAGAGCUGCAGAUUGAGAUGGUUUAACUAUCUCAGUCCAAAUAUUAAGCGAGGAGAGUUUGGUGCAGAUGAAAUUGAUCUCAUCAGUAGGCUUCAUAAACUAUUGGGUAAUAGAUGGACAUUGAUUGCAGGUAGAAUUCCGGGCAGGACUGCCAAUGACAUAAAGAACUUUUGGAAUUCACACUUCAGUAAAAAAGUUACUUUCCAUUACAACGGGGAGACUGCAAAAGCUAGCAAUGCCAAAGCCAUAAAGCCACAGCCUAGGAAACUCUCCAAGAGCUUGCCUAGCUCUGAGAAUCUUGAAGCCUCGAGAAUGCAAGAAGAGUGUGGCAAACCACUAUUUGCUCCAGACAAGUAUGCAAUGUGGUGGAAUGGUUUGUUCCAAGAGGGAGGAGAGAAUUGGCCCUUGAACAAUGGAGAUGCAAUGGGAGAACUGUUACUUGCUACCGUUGACAAUGGAGAGGCUGAAGGAAUAAGAGACGAAGAUUUAACUUUUGCCGAAGACCAUCAAGAUUGGGAUGACUUGAUUUUCGAUCCAAGUCUUUGGGUGCAAUUAGAAGGCCACUGAUUGGUUGACAUUUUAAAAUCGUUUGAUCUCUGUUAGUAAUAGGGACUGUUUGUUUUUUUGAUUUUCUGGGUAAUUACAAGUAAACAAUCUAUUAUUAUCAUUAGAAGGUGUUUUUU